AUGGUUGCUGCAGAAGCUGCAUCUACACUUGCAUACAUUCAUUCUCAUGCCACCGCCCCCAUCAUACACAGAGAUGUCAAGUCCGCAAAUAUAUUAUUUGAUGAUGACUUCAGUGCAAAAUUGUCUGAUAUUGGUAUUUCCAAAUUGUUUUCUAUAAAAGAAGAAAACGUCAACAAUGUUGUUCAGGGCACACUUGGGUACUUGGAUCCUGAGUACCAACACACAGGCAAUUUAAACGAAAAGAGCGAUGUGUAUAGCUUUGGGGUGGUCCUUGCAGAACUCAUCACCGGUAAAAAAAAACCCUUCUUGUAG